UUUUUAUUUGAUGGGUUCUUCCUCGCGGAUGAAAGAUAACUGCUAUAUGUUUCGAAAGCCUUGUCACAAGCGAUGAUUAUUGACGUUUCUUAACUUUAAGUAUGCACUAUGCAGAAAUCGCUCAACCAUUUCGGUGUUGCUAAAAUUCUAAUAUUUAGCCUAAUUCCAGUUUGUGACAAAACAAGCUAGUAUAAUGUGGAGUAUCAUUGUACCAUCUAAACUGUUGUGAAAUGUCUGUUACAUAACCAAAAAUAUUGUAUUUUCAGUUGUUUUGAAGCUGGUGUACAACACCAAAAGUAAAAUAUGGAAAAACAAAACUCAACAGGAAGCAUAGAAAUAGCACACACACAACAGAUCUACCGCUUCGCACACUUGCUUUCAAUGAGAUUGACAGAUCUAUUUCUAUGUUAGUUUCGUUGGGUCCCCCAAAAAGUUACAUAUUGUAACCCAGCAUUGGGAUUGUUCUUAUGGACAGAGCUAAUUGACUACCACAGUAUGAGUCAUUAAACCCAGAGAUGGUUCCAAUUGUUUAUCCGCCAUACAUUUUUCCAUCUUGGAUUUUAGAACUACUUCAUAUAAGGUCUGUGUUUCGUGUAGGCUUAUCCUGCCUUGACGUUUUGAUAACCGAGCAAAUCGCUCUAGGACAAGGUAACUUUUAUCAAUAAUUAGCAAUGCACAUUUUUGAGUAAAUUGAGGCUAAUAUAUUGAUAAAAACGCACCCUGCCCGAGAAAGAAUUACACGGCUAUCAAAACGUCACAAGGUAAGCCUACACAAUUAAUUGUAAUUUCUUUGUAAAGUGAAUGGCGGAAAAACCAUUGGAACCAUUUGUGUUUUUAUGGGUAUUAUGAUGCGUCCACUGUGACGGACUAUAGCUGAGAACUGUAGGGAGAAGGCAGAAUGCCGCUUAGUGUUUGAUAGCUAGGGUCUAUUCAUCUUUUUAAAAUAUUUAAAAUCAUAUUCUUCACCAACCAUCUCCCUGACUACCUUCCUCUGAUCCAAGUCAUGAACUGUCCCUCUCCACCUUUGGCACUCAAAGACUUGGCCUGUAUUGGUUGACUCUAUAGUUAGGUCAACCAAUACAUAAUCAUGAGUAGUCUAACUAUACAGUAGCUAGGCUACUCAUGAUGAUGUAUUGGUUGACCUAACUAUACAGUUGCUAGGCUACUCAUGAUGAUGUAUUGCUUGUUUGUGUUUUGGCUUUUGAAGCACUUUGAGGUUAUGAAAAGGGCAAUAGAACAUGUGUAAAUUAUUAUUCACACUGGUCUAGUAACUUAGCUACAGCUAAACCUAGUAACUGUUCAAAUACUAUAGCCAGGAUAGAUUGUUAUCAACAUGUACAGUAGCUACAUACAUUUUACAUUUCAACAGCUCCUAACAAGGAACUUACGUCACUGAACAUAUUGCCUGUUAUUAUUUGAUGUCAUUAACCCUGUACAAUCAGUCUUAUCUUAUCUGUCUUACAGAUUUGACAUAACAACCACAUCAAAAUGCUUCCAGUAGCCUACUGUCAAAGGGUGAAAAUGUUUAUAGCGAUGGAAGUGUUGAACAACACACGGCAGCUUGCUCUGAAAGCUGUGAGAUGGCGGACAAGCACAAGCCCUUUCUCAAUAUCCAGAUCGUGGCUAUCUACUGUACCCCAGAUAGAGGACCGAAACAUCCUGCUAAUAGGUCCGCCUGGAGCAGGAAAAACCUCUGUGGGGCGUGUUGUUGCUCAUAGACUGGGAGUGCCUGUCAUUGACGUGGACGACCAUAUCCUGGAGGUGACAUGGAAGAUGCCGGUGGCUGACAAGCUGUCCGAGGUCGGAGAUGAACGUUUCCUGGAAGAAGAGGGUCGGGCUCUUUGCAAAUUUUCCACCUCUGGUAGUGUCAUCUCCCUAACAGGAUCCAACCCACUCCAUUCUGGGGCUAUGCAGCACCUCAAACGCACUGGACUGGUAGUGUAUCUGGAUGUAGCCACCGAUGACAUCAUACAGAGGCUCUCCAGGAUGAAAGUGAACAGGAUUGUGGGCCAGGAGGCUGGGGUACCCAUCAGGCAGAUUCUACACUACAAGAAGCAGUUUUAUGAGAAAUGGCUUGACACUAGAGUGCUCUGUGGGACUGGAGAUACUGUUGAGGAGAUUGCAGAGAAGGUGCUUCAGGCUGUGGAGAGAUACCAGAACUCGAAAUCGGAGACCUUUGUGUCAACCAGGAGGGAGAAUGGAUCAUCUAGUGAAUCAAAAUACUUCAGUGACGUUGUUUUAGAGGGGUUAGCUCCCGAUGGUGGACUAUACGUGCCCCAAAAAGGCUUUCCGAAGCUCGACGUACGAGAAUGGCUAAGAAUAGCAGAAAUGUCCUAUCCUGAACGAGCCUUAGCCAUGCUUGAAAAGUGCAUACACCCCAUGGACAUCCCUGGUACCGAUCUCAGAAGAAUGGUGUUCAGAGCUUACGGGGUUAACUUUGCCAGCGAGGCCAUUGCACCGGUGAAACACCUAGUUCAUAACCAGUUUGUGCAGGAGCUCUUCCACGGCCCCACUGCUUCCUUUAAAGACCUGGCCUUGCAGUUGAUGCCUCAGCUCUUCGUCUAUUGUCUCCCACAAAUGUGCAACUACCUCAUCCUUGUGGCAACAUCCGGUGACACCGGCAGUGCAGUGCUGAGUGGGUUCGGCAACCUUCAUGACCUGGACCGGCAGAGGGUCGGCGUGCUGGUGUUCUUCCCAGAGGAAGGAGUGAGUGAGAUCCAGAAGCGACAGUUGACAGCCUACAAAGAGGGCAACGCCAGGGCUGUCGGUGUCCUAUCCGACUUUGACUUCUGCCAGAGAUCCAUUAAGACCAUGUUUGGGGAUUCAGGUCUGACAGGGCAUUUGGCUGUGGAGUAUGGCACUGUCCUCAGCACUGCUAACUCCAUCAAUUGGGGAAGGCUGCUACCACAGGUGGUCUAUCACGCCUCAGCAUAUCUAGAUCUUUUCAAAGAUGGGGUUAUCAAGUUCGGAGAGCCCAUCGAUGUAUGCAUCCCUACCGGUAACUUUGGCAAUGCCAUGGCAGCCCUGUACGCAAAGCAAAUGGGAAUCCCGAUAAGAAAAAUCAUCUGCGCUUCCAACCAAAACCGAAUCGUUUCUGACUUUAUUACGACAGGGGUGUGUGAUCUCCGAAACCAGCCUCUCAUUGCCUCGCUUUCCCCAGCCAUAGACAUCCUCAAAUCCUCCAACCUGGAGAGAUUUCUCUACCACACCUCAGGUGGUGAUGGCUGUCUUGUUAGAGAUCUGUUCACGCGCUUAGAGAAAGACCAGUACUUCAAAGUCUCUGAGUCAUUGCUCCAAAAGAUCCAGGAGGAUGUGGUGGCUGGCUGGUGCUCUGAAGAGGAAUGUCUGGCUGCCAUCCUAAAUGUUCACACCAAAACUGGUUACGCGAUGGACACACACACCGCCGUUGCUAAGGCGGUUGCCGACCGGCUACAGGACCCAUGGUGUCCAGUGGUGAUCUGUUCUACAGCGCACCACGGGAAGUUUGCCCCCACCGUCCUCAAAGCGCUGCAGUGCCCGAACAACCCCUCAGAUCCUGUGGACCAGCUGAGGGAGCUGGCCUCUGUAGCGUCCACACCUCGGACGCACCAAAACAUGCUUCAGUGCCUGAAGGAAAACAGUAGAGGAGAACAUACAGUGUGUCAAGCAGAUUUCAGUGUGUUAGUGGAGGAGGUGGAAUCCAUGAUUCAAGACUCUUUCUUGAAAGUUCUUUAGGUCUCUUUCAGAUAAACAAACCGAUAAAGACUCUGGGGUAGGGUGGUACUUUUUUAUUUUCAUUCAGUGUGUUGAGGAGGGCAGUUGAAAAUGAAAGUCAACCCAUGAAUUAAUAAAUCAUGAAUUUCAUGUGGUUUUUUUUUGUCUUAUGAAUUGUGCAAUUGAUCUCCUUAUUUGACAGAAUUUGGGUUUAGAUGGAUGUUUCUACAGCCACUGGGGAUGUCAUAACAUAAGUCUUCUGUGCCCACUAGAUGGUGAUAUUUACCACAUGGCUCCUAUGCAGCCAAGGUCCCUUCAGGUUUCAUGAUAUGUAGUUGUGGUUCAGAAGCUCCUAACUAGCCCCAACGGCCCAAUACAUGAGACUAAAUUGUGGAGUCAUUACCUUGUGCCAAAGGAACAACUAUAUAUAGAACUAAAUAUGCUUGUUCAUGUUUGUUAUGUAGUAUGGUUUAACCCAGAUGUGCUGUUUGUUACAAGCAUUUCUCUACCACCCGCAAUAGCAUCUGCUAAACAUGUGUAUGCGACAAAUACAAUUUGAUUUGCUCUUGUUUAUUUUUUACAAAUGUACAUUCAUUUCCCUUCUUUUGUAUGUACUAUGUUAUGUAACUGUCAUAUUACAAUCCUAAACAACACGAAGGACAUACUCAGGUUGAUUUUCAUCUGUCCGUUUGGUAUUAAAUAUUUGUUUGUGUGAAGUAA